UCAAUAAGCAACCCGGGAUGUAGGUUUUGCCAAGCCUCAGAUAUGUAUGCCAAGAACACAAGCAACUCCUGAUCUUCUAAGCCUAGCGGAGGCCGCAUCUCUAGUUGGUUAAGUAGUGUUGACUUCAUAUCCUCGUUGUGCGUGUCCUCUGAGUUCCCCCGGAUGCUGGAGGCCUGGCAGCCUUUCUCCCUGUACUCACAGGAGGGGUUGGCGUACCCAGUCAGGGCCUCUGUGGAGUGGCUGUUGGGUGCCUCACCUGCCCAGAGGCCUCUCCUUCUGUUCUCAUCUCCAUUCGUCCUCAGCUCUACCCGAGUGCUGGCCUUGCCCAGCCUGGAGCAAGGCAGCGGGCAUCAAGCUUGCACCAUCUUCUUCCUCUUCCUUUUGAUUCUUUUCAUCUGUCCAGUUGUUGGUGCAGCAGAUGGGAGGACACUCCAGGCAGGCAAAGGGCCCAGGAGGAAGAUGGGCUCCCGUGGACAGGGACUCUUGCUGGCGUACUGCCUGCUCCUGGCCUUUGCCUCUGGCCCGGUCCUGAGCCGUGUGCCCCAUGUCCAGGGGGAACAGCAGGAGUGGGAGGGGACUGAGGAGCUGCCCUCCCCGCCGGACCAUGCUGAGAGGGCUGAAGAACAACAUGAAAAAUACAGGCCCAGCCAGGACGAGGGGCUCCCUGUUUCCCGGUGCUUGCGCUGCUGCGACCCCGGUACCUCCAUGUACCCGGCGACCGCCGUGCCCCAGAUCAACAUCACUAUCUUAAAAGGUGAGAAGGGUGACCGCGGAGAUCGAGGCCUCCAAGGGAAAUACGGCAAAACAGGUUCAGCAGGGGCCAGGGGCCACACUGGACCCAAAGGGCAGAAGGGCUCCAUGGGGGCCCCCGGGGAGCGGUGCAAAAGCCACUACGCCGCCUUCUCGGUGGGCCGGAAGAAGCCCAUGCACAGCAACCACUACUACCAGACGGUGAUCUUCGACACGGAGUUCGUGAACCUCUACAGCCACUUCAACAUGUUCACUGGCAAGUUCUACUGCUACGUGCCCGGCAUCUACUUCUUUAGCCUCAACGUGCACACCUGGAACCAGAAGGAGACGUACCUGCACAUCAUGAAGAACGAGGAGGAGGUGGUGAUCUUGUUCGCGCAGGUGGGCGACCGCAGCAUCAUGCAAAGCCAGAGCCUGAUGCUGGAGCUGCAGGAGCAGGACCAGGUGUGGGUGCGUCUCUACAAGGGCGAGCGCGAGAACGCCAUCUUCAGCGAGGAGCUGGACACCUACAUCACCUUCAGUGGCUACCUGGUCAAGCACGCCACCGAACCCUAGCUGGCCGGCCACCUCCUUUCCUCUCGCCACCUUCCACCCCUGCUCUGUGCGGACCCCAGGGCUCGGCACCAGGCUGACCCCACCGCCUCUUCCCCCAUCCCUGGAUUCCGCCUCCCUGGCUUUGGCCAAUUCAGUGAGAUGCCCUGCACGCACGGAAAGCCAAAGCAACCGGUGCUCCCAGAUGCUGCAGCCUCUGGCGAGAGCUGACGGCAGAUAAAAUCACCAGGGCGGGGGGCCCGCGAGAACCCUCAGGGACCUUCCGUUGCCCUCUCGGCACACAUUCUCAAGUGGAGCCCGCACAGCGAGAUGCAGAGAUGCGGGUGGCGGCAGGGCAUCCCAGGGUGCAGCCCCGGGGCUCCAGUCCUUGGAAAUAAUUAGGCAAAUUCUAAAGGUCUCAAAAGGAGCAAAGUAAACCGUGGAGGACAAAGAAAAGCGUUGUUAUUUUUGUCUUUCCAGCCAGCCUGCUGGCUCCCAAGAGAAGGACUUUUUCAGUUGAGACUCCGCUUAAGAGAAGAUCCAAAGUUAAAGCCCUGGGGUCAGGGGAGGGGCUGGGGGCAGGAAACUACCUCUGGCUUCAUUCUUUUAAGCCAUGUGGGAAUUUUCUUGAGGGACAGGUGGACCCUGACAUCCCUGUGGCCUUGCCCAAGGGCUCAGCUGGUCUUUCUGAGUCACAGCUGCGGGGUGCUUGGGGCUGGGACCGCAAGUGUCAGCCUCCCAGAGGGACAGCUGAGCCCCCUGCCUUGGCUCCAGGCUGGUAGAAGCAACCAAAGGGCUCCUGACAGCGGCCAGGGACCCCUGAGUCCCCCAGGCCUGCAGAUGUUUCUAUGAGGGGCAGAGCUCCUGGUACAUCCAUGUGUGACUCUGCUCCACCCCCAUGCCACCCCAGAGCCCGGGGGGGGGUCUCCAUGACUGCCACCCUGGCAUCUACUCUCUGUUUUGCCUGCCACACGAGUCAGCCCCAGAAGGCCCUGGGGCCUUGGCUUCUGUUCUUUAUAAAACACUUCACGCAGCACUGCAGUCUCCCGUCUCCUCGUGGGCUAAGCAUCCCCAUUUCCACAUGUGUUGUGUUGGUUGGCAGUGAGGCUGAUCCAGACCCCUUCCGCCCCCACCACCCUCAUCCAGGUCUCUGACCAGUAGCCUGAGAGGGGCUUUUUCUAGGCUUCAGAGCAGGGGAGAGCUGGAAGGGGUUGGAAAGCUCACGCUUGCCUGUUUCUUCAGACUCUGUGAGCCUCAGUCCUGAGACCAGAGUCAAGAGGAAGUGCAUGUCCCAACCACCUGGGUCAGGAUUCUCUCUCAGGAGCUGGGUGGCAGGGGAGGCAAUAGCCCCUGCGCCAAUUUCAGGACCACCUGCAGCAGGGCUGCGGUGUCUCUGCGGUGCUCUGGCCCUACCCAUGGCCGCCACGUUCUCUGAUCUCCAGGAACCCCACAACCCCUCUCCACCUCAUCCCACGUUGAUGCCCAGGGUCAUUCUUGCUACUUGCUGGGCCCCCAAAGCUCCACUGCCGCUCUUCCUUCCCCCAUCCCACACCUGGUUUUGACUAAUCCUGCUUCCCUCUCUGGGCCUGCCUGCCGGGAUCUGGGGUCCCUAAGUGUCUCUCUUUAAAGAACUUCCGCGGGUCAGACUCUGAAAGCCGAGUUCCUGUGGGCGUGCCCAGAAGCAGAGCGCCACACUUGCUGCUUAAGCUCCCCCAGCUCUUUCCAGAAAACAUUAAACUCAGAAUUGUGUUUUAAGCA